UAUUUUAAUAAGUAAAAUUGUUAUUUAUGUAAACAUAAGCCAAUUAUUCUAAAUAAUGAACGAACUUCGUCUCAAACUCGAAGAAUAUGAACAUCAGCUACAAAUACUAAAAGCACAAGAAAGUUAUAUCGCAGAGAAAUACAAUUGUCUUCUGAAACCUUGGCCGAUCAAAUGCGAUCCAACCCCCUUCCCGCCUCCUCAAGAAGAAGAAGAUCCUCCUCAAUCCUCUGGGAUGUUGGAAGUUGAAGAGAUGCUGAGGAAAGCAAGGAUUGUUAGGAGCAAAACAUCCGCUUCUAAAGUGUCUCAAAAGGGCCGGGAAAAAGAGAAAGGGAAAAGUAGAGAAAAUGAGAAAGGAAAAUUAAAGAAUGCACCAAACACUCAUAAGCAGGGAAGAGCCAAAACUGCUCCUGUUUCAAAACCGAGCAAAUUGGAAGCAGAGAAAAAAGUUUCAAAACCAGUAAAGAGUGAAUCUUUUCUGCCAAAGCCUCAACAUAGAUACAAAUAUCUUGAUUUUGAAGAAGUUUUGGAAAACCAAAAACCUCCCAGCAAGAUUAGGAAGUUAAGGGAGAUGCAUCGGAAAAUAAUGGAAGAAGAAACGAUUAAAAACUUGUUCCAAGAACGACCAUGCGAAGCUGAGAUGAAUUUCAUCUCGAAAUUGAGUGGUAUUGAUGCUGGGGAAACCCCAUUAUUCACAUCCAGAGCUGUGAACAACAAACUUGAAGAUUGUAUCGCAGUUUGUGAGCGAUUGGUGACCGUGUUUACACCAUCGGAACCCUCACCUGCUACCAUCGACGCAAAAUUUGUUUACAAACAAAAAAGUUUAAUUUCACGCGCCAAAGUUCUAGUUGACCAACUGGACGAUAUGUUAAGUUUCUUGAAUAAAGUUGAAAUUAUUGAUGAACAACAAACAGAUAAAAACCUUCCAACAAUGGAACUUCAACCAGAUAAUUCAUCGCAACAAUUCUACGUUUACCGCGAUAAAAACGAAGUUGAAAAGUACGUUUCUGCGCGGCAUGAACAUCGCUGGCUUGAAUCACAAAUGGCCCUGCUUGAUAUCCUGCAGAACAGGGUAUUCCCCAUACUAGAGACCACACAUAAGGAUGAUAUAUCACCAUUGCUUCCACUAGCGUAUGGAAUUCUUGCGAAACCGAACCGAUGUUGUGUGAACCCAAGUCUUGUGGUUGACGAUGGAGAAACUUAAUGCUUUGUAAUAUAUUUAAUUAUACCAGCUGUGUUUGGUUCUUACUAUUUUUAACAGUAGUCUCACUAUAAGGUUUGUAAUGCCUCUAAUUUAACUAUUUUCCCUAACAAUAAUAACGCUGUGACACAUGUCAGGGUUUCCGUAACAUAGAUUAAAAACCCUGACAAUCAUCUCCAGUAUCAAAAUAUGCCGCCUUAGACUUUUUACUACUACACACCUUGAAACACGAUGCAUAAAAUUAAACACAACGCUAAGAAAAACAA